GUUUACCAGCGAGCGAGGAAUGAGACGUUUGCGGCUAAGGUGAGCGACUACGUGGGGCUAGACAUCGGGGCGCAGUGCAGCGCCAGUUGGUGGGGAGCUCAGUGUGAUCGGCCCUGUAGCGCUCAGAACUGCGUGAGCGCCACUUCAGUAAGUUCUCGAAGUUUCAGCACCAAGAUCGCGGCGAACGACACCGACAAGGAUGAAGCCCCCGAGGUCGUGACGAACUACGUUUACGACGUCCCCGAGAAGAAAUCCAAGCCAAAGACUCCAGGCUCAGACUACGACGACCACGACGAUCAAGAAGAUGAUGACUUUGACCAUGAACUGGAAGACGAAGAGGAAAGCGAGGAAGACGCCUUUGAAUUGCGGCCAUUCAUGUCGGAGGAUGAAGACGAAAUGGCGUAUUUUGCGCACCGAAUGGGCGGUCCAGACUUUAAGUUGCUACGUCGUCAUGUGCUACACCCACACGGCCGGAUUCGUUCGAUAUGGGAUACGAUCACCCUCUUCUUGACAACG